AUGCAGCUCCUUACAGUCGAUGAAUUUUCCGAGUACAUUCAAAAGAACAGAUCGGUACAACGGUACAGCUCAAGCCAAGAGACGAAGGGCAGCCAUCCGUUUUGGGCUCUACCCAGAGAACGGAUCGAUGCAGACCUUCAUGGCAUCUACACAAAGCUAUCCGAGAUUCUGAAAGGCAUCCCGACAGGCGAUCGAGAGUUGGCUCAUCUCCUCAGAACGAUUCACAAGGUUCCGCAAAUCAAACGCAGCUCAGACCUAAAUAUUGGCCUCGUUGGGGCGCAAGGCGCUGGGAAGAGUAUGUUUUUGAGUGCUCUCUUCGACAUGGAAGGAAUCUCUUGGAGUGGGGCGGACGGCGAAGCUUGUACACGCACCGUUGUCAAGUUCGCGUACUUUGCCCCAAAUUCGACAUCCACAGAGAGCGAAUCAUUCUAUGCGGAGAUCAAGUUUCUCGAUAACAGAAAGAUUGAAGAGAUGAUCCGCGAACACGUCAAAGACCUGAAGCAUUACCAAGAAGACGUCGAUGGUUCGGAUGAUGAUGAGCCGCGAGUAGCUCAAUCAUAUGAGCAAGAUGAGGCCGACAAGCGACGUCACGACACUGCAAGAGAAAUAUUCACAGUCUUGUUUGGUUCCGAGAAGGAAUUCAUGCAUUACUGGAUGUCUCAUCCCACCAAAGAGUUCAUGCACUUCUGCAAGCUGAAAUGUCUGGAAGCAAUGAAGGAGUGUGGUGUCCCAGAUGGGCGGAACUCCUGCAUACGAUCCGGGAACGAUGCCCAUGAGCUGAUGGGAAAGAUAAAGCAUUUCCUUGCAGACGUGAAAGGUGUUGAAUGUCUUUGGCCACUAGUCGAUCAUGUAACUAUUCGCUUCGACCACGAAUUACUCAAGUAUGGUGCCGUCAUCAUAGACGUCCCUGGCUCCGGUGAUACCAACUUGUCGAGGGCUCGGCACGUUGAAGAAAUCAAGGAUACUGCCGACAUAGUCCUUGUUUUUGCCGACACACUUCGAAUCGCAAGUGACAAUUCUGCCAUAGAUACAGUACAAAGCUGUGUUGUCAGUCGUGGCCGCGACAAAGUGAAGUUUGUCGCCACCAAGAUCGAUGCACUCCUCAAGAACGAUUUGAAUAACUGUGGAGGCGAAACGUAUGAUCACAUCCGGAAUUUGGUCCAAGAUGCCGGUGAGAAGGCCAGAGCUUCGGAAGAUGACGGCGACGCUAUAAAAGCGUUGCAACUUGGACAAUAUAUAACGUAUCUGGAGCGACAACUACUACUGCGCUAUUCGACUGCCCGUGCUGCGAAGAUUAGCUCCACCUUAGCUGGGAAAUUGGGUGGUCGCGGUGGAGCCGACAGUGUCAAGGUUUUCCACAUAUCGGCAAACAAUUACCUUGAGUGGCAAUCUAAACCUAUGAUCAGCUUCCGCGACCAGCCUCCACUUCCGCCUGAAUGCACGAACAUUCCAGCGAUCCGACAAUAUUUGUUUGGCCUCCUGUCGCCGAGAAACUUCGACGAUGUGGCUUACCACCUCUAUAACUUCCUCCCGAAUUAUCUUCAGAAGAUCGAGCGGGCCAUAAACGAAUCUGAUCGUGAUGCGGAUCUUGGAAGCUUGGCCCAGGAAUUCGAUCGAAGAAUGGAUGAGCUCAUCAAAGAUCACCUAUCUCAAGCUAAGCAACUUUUCCAGAAGAUACUGGAAAAUACUCUUCUCAAGGUAUGCGCUGACACUGCAGUGUAUCAGAAGCAGGUUGAUGCCAAGCUGUGCAACGAGAUAUGCAAGUUCCGAAGCCCAACAUUCAACAAGCUUAUGAAGAAUAGAGGCACUUUGCCUCCAAAAGCAUCCAAGGCCAAGGGGCUGGAGAAUGGAUGCUCAUACAACCGAGACUUCUCGAACAUCAUUGCACCUGCCAUCCUCAAGUGGGCUUCCACCUAUGUCGAUCGCAUGCAGCCUAUGAGGCAAUCGCUCAUUGAACUUGCCGCUGUCAUGGGUCACACCGUCUUGUCGAUGCUAAACAUGUCGUCCGCCAAUGUGAUGGUGGUUGAACGCGCAAAAAAGAAGUGGAAGCCGUAUAGAAUGGCACUGAAGGUGAAGAUGGAGGUUCUUAUGGACGAAUUUGAGAAGAUACACAAGAAUGCAGUCAUUGGAGGUACGAUGGAAGACGGCCGACAAAAUUGCUUGGUGGCUACGAUAACAGACCAGCAUUUCGAUGCCACUCUUGAUGCUGAGCUUCCUCAAAACUCAGGUUGUCAUUCGGCAAAAAGGAAGAACCAGGAAACACGAAUCAAGUUCCAGAAGAGGACGCUCACGGAGCGCUUCUCAGGUCCCAAUAGUUAUUUUGUUGAUGAUGUCUUCAAAAUAUUCUAUGACAGCUCUAGCAAGAACAUCGACAAUCUUCUGGAUGAGCAUUUCCAAAGAAUUCGAGAUAUAAUGGAGCAAUACAGUGCGUCUUUGAAGGACGAAUUACCUAUUACCUACAAGGUUGAGCAGGGUGGUAUUGAUGUCCGAGCAGACAUCGCACGAGCUUUCCCUAAGUUUGAGAAGAUGGUAGCAGACCUUCAGAAAGAGCUUCCCAAUCAGACCAGGGCCCAAGAUGAUGGCACGAUGUACCUGACUGAUAUGGAUGGCGCAAGUACCCUCGCGACGAUCUACGCCCAACUGAGCAGAAAGAGGAAGCAGGGCGCUCAGGAUAACGCGAAGGCAAAAGUGAAGAAAGAGAGAUGCUGA